GAGAGUGUGUGAGAGACAAGUGGAGUGGAGUGGAUGAUGAACCUCCCCUUGGAUUACUGGAGUUUGGUACAGUCCAAAGAGUUUUCAGGUUAAGAAGGCCGGAAUGUCUUGUUUGCAGAAUUGAUUCGGGACUUUCUCUGCGUGCUUGCCUGGCCGCUCUGAACCUUUGGCAUCGAGUCAGUUGAAUCCAGGCCAGUUGGAAUGUAAUGCCAGCAGUACACGCUUGGUUUUGAAUGGAAGAGAGAAGUGGGGAGAGAGCAGAGGAGGUGUCUGGACCACCUAGCUGGACUGUUAAAUGCCGUUCUCCCAAACCUGAGUCCUGGGCUGAGCACCUGAGACUUGGCAACUGUACUUGGAGGGGAAUUCGAAAGGAGUUUGGCAGCAAACAACAGGAGAAGGGGGAAAAGAGAAGGCAAACUGAAGCAAGAGUGCCAUGGGCUCUUCCUCAGUGAAACCCUUCAAAGAUCAAAAGUAUCAGCAACUCAAGCAGCAGUGCAUCGCAAAAGGCGAGCUCUUUGAAGACCCUGAAUUUCCCGCUUCUGACGCAUCUCUCUUCUACAGCGGCCCGCCACCGAGGAAAGUGGAAUGGAAGCGCCCAAAGGAACUUUGUGAAGAUCCCCGCUUGUUUGUAAAUGGAAUCAGUUCCCACGAUUUGCACCAGGGGAAGCUGGGAAACUGCUGGUUUGUGGCCGCCUGUUCCUGCCUGGCUCUCCGGGAGAAUCUCUGGCAAAAGGUGAUUCCAAAUUUUAAGGAACAAGAAUGGAAUCAAAAGAAGCCAGAGAGAUAUGGAGGGAUAUUUCACUUCCAUUUCUGGUGCCUGGGAGAGUGGAUUGACGUAGUCAUUGAUGACCGACUGCCCACUGUGAACGGCGAGUUGGUCUUCUGCUCCUCUAAGGAUCGCAAUGAAUUCUGGAGUGCGCUUCUGGAGAAAGCAUAUGCCAAGUUGGCAGGGUGUUAUGAAGCCUUGGAUGGCGGGAACACAGCAGAGGCCAUCAUUGACUUCACGGGAGCCGUGGCGGAGUCCAUUGAUAUGACCAGGGGCACCUACGCCAGGGAUAUUUCCAAGCAGCUGAAGCUCUUUGAGGACUUGCUGAAAGUACAGCGAAGAGGCGGAUUGAUCAGUUGUUCCGUUGUGCCGUCAUCCCCAAGUGAUUUUGAAGUAGAAACGGAAAUGGGCUUAAUCAAGGGCCAUUCAUACUCAGUGACGGAUAUCCGGAAGAUUCGGCUUGGGGAGAAGCUCCUGUCCUGUGCUAAGUUAGAGAAACUCUUCAUGAUCAGGCUGAGGAACCCCUGGGGGAAGACGGAGUGGAAUGGUCCUUGGAGCGAUGAGUCAGAAGAGUGGAAGAAAGUGAGCAAAGCAGAACGCACGCGCUUAGGACUCACAGUUGAAAAUGAUGGCGAGUUCUGGAUGACAUUUGAAGACUGGUGCAAAAAUUUCACCCAUGUCGAUAUCUGUCGAAUUGUGAACACGUCCAUUUUUAGUAUCCACAAAACCUGGGAAAAGAAAAUGAUGCGUGGAUCGUGGAUAAGGAACGCGGACCCAUUGCUCAACCGCUCGGGAGGAUGUUCAAAUAACAAAGACACCUUCUUACAAAACCCUCAGUAUGUCUUUGAUGUCAAGAAGGCUGAGGACAAAGUCUUGGUUUCCCUGCAGCAGAAGGAUCGACGCAUUUACAAGAAAGAAGGGAAAGGGAACAAUUUUGCUAUUGGCUUCGAAAUCCUAAAGGUGGAAAACAACAGAGAAUAUCGAAUGCACAAGAUGCAUAUACAAGAGCAGAUCUUCACCUCUUCAUACAUUGACAGGCGCACUGUGUCCCUGAAAGUGCUUCUCAAGCAAGGCCGAUAUGCACUGAUCCCAACCACGUUCAGCCCUGGCAUUGAAACUGAGUUUAUCCUGAGACUGUUUACAGAUGUGCCAUCAAAACUCAGGGAGCUUACUAUGGAUAAACCCAAGCCAACCUGCCUGGACAUCCUACGUGGUUUUCCUCAGAGGGUCUCUCAAAUUAAAAUUCACUCUGCGGAAGGCCUUCAGAGCCAAGACCGACACGGUGGAGCAUCUCCCUAUGUCAUUAUCAAGUGUGAAAAUCAGAAGGUUUCCUCUCCCGUGCAGCGGGGCACCGUCAAUGCUGUUUUCAACACACAAGCCAUUUUCUACCGAAGGAAUGUCCAACGGCCUGUUAUUGUCCAGCUUUGGCACCACGACAUCUGCAGUGACCGUUUCCUGGGACAAGUGUUGCUGACGGCAUCCCCCAGUGACCCCAGAGACCUUCAGACGCUCCGGCUCUGCGGCAGAGGCAGGCGCGAAGCCGAGGAGAUGCCAGGUCACAUCACUGUCAAGGUCGUUUCCAGCGAUGACCUUGUGGAACUAUGAAUACCGAAGGCUGACAGGCCCAGACGAGGCUGUCGCCUCGCACCAAAGGACCUCGCCGGCCCCCCAGCUAGGACUGAAGCGAGAACCUUGGUUGCACAUGGGUGCAAGACGCCUCAGAAAUGGCCUUUGUGGAUUGUAUCCUUGGGCAGCAAGAAAUGACGCGAGAAAGAGACAGAAGGUACAGGAAACAUUUAUAUAACCAAUAUACACUUCUCUUUCUCUUUCUAUGUGCACAGAGAGAGAUUUUCACAAGGGUUCUCCAGAGCAUUGGGAGUGAAGUCACCAUCUUUUUGCAUUUUUGAGCCAUUCUGUUAGACCAGGGUUUUCCAACCUCGGGUCCCCAGAUGUUGUUGGACUACAACUCCCAUCAUCCCCAGCCACAAUGGAUGAUGGGGGUUGUAGUCCAACAGCAUCUGGGGACUCAAGGUUGGAAAUGCCAAUAGGAUUUCAGAGAGAUGGGUAGGACAGGUUCUUCCGUGACCAAGAUCUGGUGUUGACGGGAGGGCAAGUGAGAGGACACGUGAUGGAAUCCUUGAGAACAUUGAUCUAUCAUCGUUUCAGAAGGGGAUUUUAAUCAGUUUCAUUGCCUUUCGUUCCUACGGAAGUGCUAUAUCAUAAUUCUCAUUAAUCUGACCCUGAAUAUUGCUGCUCAUCAUAUCAAUAAUGUAUUUGCUUUUUCUCAUAUUAAGCAUCACAACAAUCAAAAUAACUGCUAAAUUUAACAUCUAGGAUGACAAAUCCCAAUGUAAGCGGAUCAAAUGUCAAUACAUUUCUUGCGAGGUCAGGGAAUGCGGGGAGUAAGUGUAUGGCUAACAGGAUUUGUUUUGGCUCGUGUCUACACUGCCAAAAUGCAUAUAAUUUUGUCUUUGGGCCAGCUUAAUUCUGUUAUUUACCACACCUCUCUCAUAAUAAAGGAAUGUGAAUGGAACAGUUCAUUGGCUGGAAGAGAAUCCAUCUGUCUAGAAGUGGGGGAAAUGGGAUAAGAAUGUUCUGAUUAAGACAAAAUAAAUAUUAUUGUCAAUAA